UAACAAGUAUCUACAGAUUUCGCUCGCGACGCGCCUGCUUCAACAUUUCUACACAUAUAUUCAGCCGCGAGAGGCUCAGACGUUUCUUCCCGUUGCAGACAGCGAACGCAGUUGUUGCUGAUACGUAGUGCAAUCGAGAUUGACUUCCGACUGGUGACCCAUUUCUCAAUCUGUAAUGACAUGAGCCGAUGAGCGCUCCAGCAGGAAGCUCAAAUAAUUUUGUUUAGAAACAUUGAGCGCGUCCGCCAAGACUUCUGUCUGUCCAAAUGCGGGGCUAAUGGAGAAUUUUAAAUCAUCAUUUAAUGUAGAUUGUAGAGCUUGUUUAUGAUUUUGUUUUAAAUGUGUGCCGUGGUCGUAAGUCAAAAGUAAGCAAACCGUUGUUCUGAAACCAAAUGGAAAGCUGCACCAUGGCAGCAAAAGACGACCUAUAUGCCAAAGUCGCUCCACGGAUGCAGCGGCAGAACCGGCCAGGAACUGUCAAACAUGGAAAUAGUCUGGACGUUUUGCUGUCAAUGGGCUUCCCAAAAACCAGGGCGUUAAAAGCUCUGGUUUCGACUGGGGGCAGAAAUGUACAAGCAGCUUGUGACUGGUUGUUCUCUCAUGUAGAUGACCCAUUCCUGGAUGAUCCUCUACCAAGGGAGUAUGUGCUGUACCUGAAACCCAGCGGCCCACUCCUGAACCAGCUCUCCAACUUCUGGCAACAGAGUCGCAUCACCUGUGGCAAGAACAAAGCCCACAACAUCUUUCCUCACAUAACCCUUUGCCAGUUCUUCAUGUGUGCAGACAGUAAGGUAGAUGCCCUCUGUGAAGCUCUUCAGACAGUGGUAAGCCAGUGGAAAGGACGUUUUCCUUCCCCCCUCCCCCUGGAGUUCUACUCAUCCUCUAACUUCAUUGGACUCUUUGUUGAAGAGAAGGUGGCUGAGGUGAUCAAGAGCUUUGGCACAGACUUUGCAACUGAAGCGGCUUCCAAAGCAGAUGUUCAUGUGGAGCCCCAUAAGAAGCAGCUUCAUGUAACUCUGGCCUACCACUUCCAAUCCAAUCAUCUAACAUCAUUAGAGAAACUUGCCAAAGGUGUAGACAUAACCCUGGGCUGUGAUUGGCAAGCUGUACUCUUGUCACGGGACAUCCGAUUUGCCAAUCAUGAGACCCUGCGGGUGAUGUACCCUUAUGCACCUCAGAAUGAUGAUGAACUGGAGCUGGUGCCUGCUGACUUUAUCUUCAUGUCAUCCAUAGAACAGGCCACUGCCAGUGAGGGCUGGGUCUAUGGGACCUCUAUGAGUACAGGGUUAUCUGGACUACUGCCAGAAAAUUAUGUCAGUCGGGCAGAUGAGUGUGAUACUUGGGUCUUUCAUGGGUCUUUCUCUUUCCUAAAUGGAACCCUCCCUUCCAAUAGCAGGGGUGCUAUGGGUGGAUUUUUUCUUGAUGCUCACUUUGAUGGUCGUGAUGACUCCUUUCCAAUUGAUCCAACCAGUCUUAGUGUCAUAUGCCAGCCUAUGCAGAUGCUACGACCCAAUCAAUCUCGAUUGCCUAAGAGAACUUUGUUUGUUUGUCGCCAUGGUGAGAGAAUGGAUGUAGUUUUUGGGAAACACUGGAUCACUCAGUGCUUUGAUCCCAAAGGUCGGUAUGUGCGGUCUAACCUCAAUAUGCCGCCAAGUCUCCCAGCGAGGACUGGGGGGUACAGGGACUAUGAUAAGGACUGCCCUAUCACUGUGUUUGGAUCCACACAAGCUCGAUUAGUUGGGGAGGCCCUGCUGGAGAGUCAUACAGUGAUAGACUUUGUAUAUUGUUCUCCAUCUCUGCGCUGCGUGCAAACAGCCUAUAAUAUCCUCAGAGGUCUUCAACAGGAUACAAAGACUAAGAUUCGAGUUGAGCCUGGUCUGUUUGAGUGGACUAAAUGGGUAUCUGGAACCUCGUUACCUGCCUGGAUCCCCCAUGCAGACUUAGCAGCUGCUAACCUCAGUGUGGAUACAACAUACAGACCUCAUAUACCCAUCAGUAAACUGGCCGUGUCAGAGUCCUAUGAAACAUACAUCAGCCGCAGCUUCCAAGUGACACGUGAAAUACUGUCAGAGUGCAAUAAUUUGGGAAAUACAGUGCUGAUUGUGGCCCAUGCUUCCUCUUUGGAGGCGUGUACUAGGCAGAUACAGGGACUCACUCCACAGAACACAAAAGACUUUGUACAAGUGGUCAGAAAGAUACCUUACUUGGGCUUUUGUGCCUGUGAGGAGAUGGGCGAGACAGGUGUGUGGCAGCUUGUGGACCCUCCGAUCCUGCCACUCACCCAUGGACCCAAUCAUAGCUUUAACUGGAGGGAAGCGCUGCUGCAGGACUGAUAGGCACUGCAACUUUACUUUCAUUGCUCUUCCUCCAAAGGCAACAAUGACGUGCUAACAGUCACACAUCUCUUUCACAUCAUCACAGACCUGCACCAUAGCACUAUAAAAAGCUCAUGAUUUCAUAGCCAAGUUCUUGCACUGCUGCAGUACACUUCAGUACACUUAGACUAUGUCUUAAUAUAUAAGAGCUGUAAUGUUUGUUAUACGCUACCAUAAUGUGCUCAAACACCAUUUGCAGGCCUACAUACAUGGUCAAGGAUGAAACAUCAAAGCUUAAUGCUGCAGCAGGUUAUUUCAGAGUUGAGCUUAACACUUGCUUCCAAAUGUACCCCAAACAUAACCAAAAUCUGAGCGCUUCAGACACAUUACAUGUCAUACACAGGAUGUCAUGCACAGUGAUAAACUCAGGUUUCCUGCCUCACUGAGGAGGAAAUUGUGUGCAAAGUUUCAUCAAAGUUGACAAGUCAUCAUCCAAGACAUCCAAAAUGAAUGCUGCUGGACUUGGUUGGGUCUCUGAACUCUUUGUAAACUCCAUUUAACUAGACUGUAGGGGAACAUGAAUUCUCUCUUUUACACUGUGAACAAAGUAGACAUGCACAACCUCUUGCGCCAAAAAUAAGAUCUCCUCAGACCUGGUUAAAGCCCAAACACCAACCUCCUGAAAGCACAAGAGAAUAAUAUGGCAAUCAGACUGAGACAAAGCAGCUUUAAAUUAGUUUAGAAAAGGAUUUGGAGGACAGCACAUUUGUCCUGUGCCUUGCUAUCAUGCUCCUACUGUUAAAAACUUUGCAGUUUAGGACACUUUUGGAGGACUCUUAGUUCGGUCUUAUUUGGAGACAGGUUUUGCAUGUAUGGUUGCUUUUGCAAAAUGGAAGAUGAUGAGACAUGUAAGGCAUCAUCAAACUUUCAAAGACAGUGCCACAAAUGAUUAGAACAUCUUAAGAAUCUUAAGCAGCUUGAAUAAUGUUAUCUGCAGCUGUUAAAAAGGAAUGUACUGCUGCAGGCAAGCAAGGCAAACUUUACUUUCUGGGCACUUGAAAAUCUAACUAAACAGGAAUGCUUCAACAAUGUAAAGAAUUGUACAUUAAUGCAUAACAUGUCUGUAUAUACUAAGUUGCAUAGUAAAACCAAUUGAUGUGUUUCACCCUUAAAUGUAAGAUUUAUAAUUGCAUUUAUUUAUGUAUUCAUAAGAUAGUUGUAAAGAUAAUAUGUUGGUGCUUCAGAUUGCUUUUUUAUUAUUUCCUGUUAUUAAAAGUAGAGAAAUGAAGCCAUAGCAAAUAGCCAUAUAAAUCACUAUAUAACGCAGUGUUUCUCACCACGCUAAGCACUUACAUAAGCAUAUCUAUUACUGUUAAAUACCAUCUGUAUUGCCUGAUCUUCAUAAUCAUUUUGCCCUCCUGUGGUUUGCCAUGUAAUGAUGACAAUGAGGUGCGCAAAACACUGCAUAAACAGAAGAGGUUCAUUUGAUUUUUCUUUUGUGUUGAUCUAGUGCAUUUACUUAUAAAGUUUAUAAAGUUAUGCUGUCAUAAAUAUGGACAUUAGGCUGGACCAAUCGUGCCAAGAAUGAGGGAACAAGGUCCGCUCUUUCAUGAUAUGUUUGUGACAGAUGUAUGAAGUUGCAGUUGAUUUUUUUAUUUUAUUGUAUAUCUUGCUUAAAUGAUCUCUGUCAGGGGAAGGCUCUUGGAACAAUUAAAACAUUUCAGAGUCCAGGGAGUCUAAAAUAAAUCUCACUUCAAUAAGUUUUCCAGCACAAGUUACACAACCUUCCAUUUUAGCAUCUAAAUGCUUCCUACUCAUGAAUUUAAACAAGACAUUUAUCUCAGUUCAGAUGACUUAAUGAAGGUUUAUGAAGAUUCUAUAGGCAUAUUUAAAGUUAAGCUUCCUGAAACCCAGAUUGUGUUUGUGUGCAGGCAUGGUUGAGUGUUUGUUCAUAUGCCAGAAGAUGAAAAUGCAACUUUCCUACAAAAAUUGUAUUACCCUUGUCCACCAUACACAAUCCUACCUUGAAAGAUUGUUGUUCUUCCAAAACUGCCCCAUCACACAACACAAUAGUGCGUAUUACUACGGAGUGCUGAACAAAUACAGCUUGACAAAUGUUGAUCCAGACAGUGUUUUACCCGGUAAAAAGAAGAAAUAUUGUAUAAAACCUCUAAUUUCUUCUGACUAUUUGAAAAGGAAGUGUUGGGUAACCUUUAAUCUUAGCCAAAGAGCUUUACUGAUUUUUUUUGGAGAAACAGAAUGAAUCAUUGUUUUCUGAUGCUCUUAGGGAUGUUCUUAAAACAUGCUCAGUUUUGGCAAUAAAGGUUUGUUUUUGUUCUGAUGAGGUUGUGUAAGUAUAUAAAGCUUUAUUAAUCAAUUACUGUGGCAAUAAAUUAAUUAAUGAAUGAAGAAAAUGGAAAAAUAUGGGUAAAAACCAGUUGCAAUUACAGAUUGCAUUUUUACUAUUUGUUUUGUCAGUCAUCCAUGAAAUCUGCCCUAUUUUAGUUUUUAAUAUUAAUUUCUUUAUUACUUUUAUUCAGGUUAUCUGAAUUAUUUAAGGCUAUUUAAGUUCGGUUUUGAGCCAUUUGCAGCAUAAAAAUCACCCCAAAUAGUAAAAUAUUGUACAUGAAAUGACUGCACAAACAUAAGUAAUAGUUCAGUACUCAAACUGUUUGAAUUUAUGUUUGAGUUUAAUGCACACUCAUAAAAGAUCCUGAAAACUUGUGACAUUCCACCAUGAAAAAUUACCCUUUUAAAUAUGGUUGUUGGCAUUUAUUUUAAGACUUAAUGCUUAAUGUUUGUAAAGCAUGUUUGCAAAUAAAUCUUUUGUCAU